ACCAUCAGGCGACGGCCACGACCAUCAGCAGCCACUGGCGACCCGCGAGUGCUUUUCCCUCUGGCUGCUGUGCAAUCGGCUCUCUAAUAUCCGUGGGCCUCGGGAUCGCUAGGGCGGGUGGGGCGUGCGCUUUUGCGUCAGCUAAUCGUAGAUGGCGUUCACCGGACGCUGCACGUGCUCCCCACCGAGAAUUUCCGAAAAACCUCUCAAGGGCCACCGAUUACGCGAAGCAACACCGACGAGGCGGGGCGGCGGCGGCGGGGGCGGCGAUCACAAAGCAACAAGCGCGCCCCUGAGAGAAGAGGGUGGGCCUGCCGCCGGGACACUUUCGGCACGACGAUGACAUACCACAAAUGCGAAAGCGCGCGCGAGAUCCCUAUUAAUUGCACGAGAUCCCGGAAAGAGACGCCAGAUAUAUGAUGGACGCCGUGAUGACGAUGAGCGCUUGCUGUACCCGUGAAGCCCGGCCGCCAGAGGCGCCCGCCAGCGACGCGCGCCUCCUGGCCCCAUUGGGUCCAUUCCACCGAGGCACGUCCGAGCGUUCCCCUGGCGUGAGCUGUCCCCCUUGACGCUUGCGGGGCGGGGGUGUGCGCGGGUCUCGAGGGUACGCCUGUGCUCUCAGCUUGAGCUGGUGCGUUUUUUUUU